AUGCAGCAGACAACGGGCGCCAGCAACCAAGAGCAGCAGCACUUGCGCGCACAGCUCGAGCUCCUGCAGCACCACGAGGUUGAUCCCUCGUCGUCUGCCUCGGGCUCCGCCGACUCGAGGGCCGCCCCGUCCCAUUCGCCUCCCUCGCGUCCUGCGAAUGGAUACGACGAGCUGGCCGCUGCCUCACGCGACGCCGCUCGCUCCAUAGCCGCCAAGCCCGAAGCCGAGGCCCACAUUCACCCCGAUCUCCGAGGCCCUGCCGCUCACGGAGCCCCCAUCCCCAACAUGAUGCCCAUGGCUCCCGUCCCUGCCGGCCACAGCCCCGCCUCGUCCUCGGCCCCUUCGCCCACCACUGCCAUAGCUCCCGCGCCGCCCUCCACGGCCCCGGAGCAGGUCGUAGUCCCCGACGGCCGCAAAGCAAAGCGCGAGCUGUCCCAGUCCAAGCGCGCUGCGCAAAACAGGGCAGCCCAGAGAGCAUUCCGCCAGCGCAAAGAAGGCUACAUAAAGAAACUGGAGCAGCAAGUCCGCGAGUACAACGACAUGGAGCAGACAUUCAAGGCCAUGCAGUCGGAAAACUACGCGCUCCGUGAAUAUGUCAUCCACCUGCAGUCUAGGCUUCUCGACCUCCAGGGCGAGUUCCCUCAACCACCGCCCAACAUCAACCUUUCCCAGCCCACGGCGCCGCCGCCUCCGGUGACUGGCCCGGAGCAGGCCCCCUCUGGCCCCGGUGUCGGAACCCCCCUCGAAGCCGUCGCGCAAGCCGUGGCCGGUCUGGCAGCCCAGGAGCAAAUAACCGAGAACCAGCAGGCAUACCCCAAUCGUGGCGAAGAGGAUACGCGGACGGCCGACGAGAUCAACAGGCAGCUUCAGUCCGAGGAAGGGUCGGCGCGGUCUUCGUAG